AUGUUCGAUUAAGUACAAUUAACAGAAUUAUCAAAUAGAGAUAAAGUAUAAGUCUCUUAUAGUUUUAGGAAAAAAAGUUUAACUUUGAAUUACCAUUAUAUAUUGGAAAUUCUUAAGGUGUUUGUAGAAGAGAUAUACUCAUUUAAUGGGUUAUUUCGGUAAUUAAAAUAUAUUAUUUGAGUAAUCUUAAUCAUUUAAGCACAGCAUCAAAACUUUGGAAUUAGCAGUAACAUAUAUAGAUAUUUAUCUAAACUGUUUUAGUAUAGGCUCAUAAUAUUUAGAGCUCUUAGGCAUUUCUGCUUAUUCAAUAGCUUCUAAAGUAAUUAAUUUUAGUAGAUUUGUAAGUUUAAUGAAACAGAAGCAAUAGGUCAAAUUAAAUUGUAGAACAAUUCAGGUUAUGAUUUAUACAAUGAUUAAGAAUAUAAUGAGAUGGAGGUUUAGUUAUUGUAAUCCUUAUAAUUUCAAUUAAAUCAUAUAACUCCAUCUGAUUAUUUGAUAGCUAUGGGUGUUUCUAUUAAUGAAAGUAUCUCUAGUCUGAUUAUGUUUGUUUUAAUGGGUAAAUUAAUUGUUAUAUCAUUAAAUUAGAUUUCGAAAUAUAUAAACAUUCUUAGAUUGUUCUAGCUUUUGCUAUAUACAAUUUUUAAUAAGAUUAGUCCAAUAUAUUUACAGAUAGAGUUAAAUCUGUGACUUAAUUGAUAAACAAUAAGAUAUAAAAGGCAUAAGAUCAAUUUAAUUUGGAUAAAAAUGAAAAUGAUGAAACGAAAGGGAUGGAAUAAAAUUAAGGAACUAAAAAAAAAAUAUAUAAAAGAAGAGACUCAAAAAAGUUAAAAUAAUUAGCAUGA